GCAGGCGCAGAUGCUGCGGCCACCAGCGCGCUGGCGCUACGCCGAUUCGUCCCGAGCGCCCUAUAGGCAUCAGAUCCAGAAAUUCUUAAAUAUCCUUGCCAGUUCCAUGCGAGCUCUUGGACUCGCACUCACGGCUGCCCUCGGCUGACGCUGCACGGACCGGGCGCGUGGUCCCGGUGUCAUGGCGAAUCAGCGGCGCGCGGGAGGGAGCACGCGGCCUUGGCUCUGAAGCAUGGGGGCCGGGGGAACCCUGUAGGAGUGGUUGGUCCGGUGGGUUGGGUCUGCAGUGGUGGCGACCUUGCGGGAUGGCCAGCUUCCGUGCUAGCCCAGGGCCUGGUGUUUAGGCGGCUGGGUGCUCACCUGGAGCUGCAGACGCUGGGGUUGCAGUUGCUGCAGCCUGGAGAGCCACUCAUUCACCCAAGUACCAGCGAGCUUAGCAGAGGAGACAGCCCCCGGGGCACCGGUGCUGCCCCACCUAACGGGCACAGUCCGCUACUGAAGCCCUGUCAGACCACCCGGCAGGCCGGGAACUCAGAGAAGGCAGGGACCGCUUGAGUGAGAUCGCGUGAGGCGCCAGGGAGCCCAAAAGAGGGCCGGUGGGGUUGCUGAGAUUUGGAGCCGACCCUCCUCUCUCCUUAGCCGAGUCCUCCGUGGGUGCCACGGGAAGAAUUCUUGAGACUCUUAACCUGCUUUUCUGGGCCCCUCAGCCCUGCCCUGCAAGAUGGACCCAGCACCGUCUGCUGUCCGACUCACCGUCCAAGAAGCUAUUCACACCCUUUCAUCCUCAGAGGAUGUAGGCCACAUCCUCUCUACCCUGGGGACCUUGAAGCGAUACCUGGAUGGAACCGAGGAUCCAGCUCUCUCUGAGAAGGAGGAGUUUACCACCAUCCACUUCUCAGCCGUUCUCAGAUGUCUGGUCAGCAAGCUGAGCCCAGGUUGGCUAGCGCUAUCCCCUGAUGGCCAGCUGGAGCGGCUUUGGGAGAGCUUCUUCCUGAAGGGCCCCCCAGACCAAGCCUUCCUGGUGCUGAUGGAGGCCAUUGAGAGCACUGCUGGCCCUAGCUUCCGUCUGAUGAAGAUGGCUCGGCUCCUGGAGACGUUUCUGAGCAAGGGCAGAGUGGCCGCUCUAAUGGAGGAGCAGUGUCGGCCGCAGACAAAGCCCAGCUUCCCCCUGUUCCAGGAGAUGCUGCUCAGCAAGGUGGUGGGCUUGCCCGAUCACCUGGGCAACUGUCUCCAGCACGACAACCUGACCCAGUUCUUCCCCCAGAACUACUUCCCUCUGCUCGGCCAGGAGGUCGUGCAAGCUCUAAAGGCAGUUGUGAAUUUUCUCCAAGAUGGCCUAGACUGCUCUGUCUCCUUCGUGUCUCGAGUCUUGGGGAAGGUCUGCAUCCAGGGAAGAAAGAAAGAGAUCCUGGGCGUGCUGGUGCCCCAGCUGACAGUGCUCACCCAGGAUAGCUGUCUGUGGCAGCGGGUGUGCUGGCGCCUAGUGGAGCAAGUGCCUGACCGGGCAGUGGAGGCUGUGCUGACAGGACUUGUAGAGGCCACUCACAGGCCUGAAGUCGUGUCGCGACUCCUAGGGAACGUGGUGGUGAAGAGUAAGAAAGCACAGUUUGUGAUGACCCGGAAGCUCCUGUUCCUGCAGUACCAGCACACGACAUCCAUGCUGCAGAGCCUGCUGGGGUACCUGGCUAUGGACAGUCAGCGGCGGCCACUCCUCAUACAGGUGCUGAAGGAGCUCUUGGAGACGUGGGGCAACAGCAGUGCUGUCCGUCACGCACCCCUGGAGCAGCAGUGCUACAUCAGCAAGGCCAUCCUGGUCUGCCUGGCACACCUGGGGGAGCCGGAGCUGCAGGGCAUCCGGGAUGACUUGCUGGCCAGCAUGAUGGCAGGCGUGAAGUGCCGCCUGGACAGCAGCCUGCCCCCCGUGCGUCGCUUGGGCAUGAUCGUGGCCGAGGUCGUCAGCUCCAGGAUCCACCCCGAGGGGCCUCCCCUGAAAUUCCAAUAUGAAGAUGAUGAGAUGAGCCGUGAGAUGCUGGCCUUGGCCACCCCCUGGUCUGUGGAUGCCUGCUCCUCGGAGAACGGAGGCCCUUCCCUGGCUCCGGUUGCCACAGAGACUCCUGUUGAGACACCUGAAAAGACAAUGGGCAGUGAUGUCCCCCCAGCUCAGCCGCAGGGCUCUGACUCAGAGCUGGACAGUGAUGAUGAGUUCAUCCCCUAUGAUAUGUCAGGGGACAAAGAGCUGAAGACCAGCAAGGAACCCUUGUAUAUCCGAGACUGCAUAGAAGCCUUGACCACAUCUGAGGACAUGGAGCGCUGGGAGGCAGCCCUAAAGGUGCUUGAGGGCAUGGUUUAUAGGAGCCCUGAGGCCACUCGGGAGGUGAGUGUGGAGCUGGCCAAGGUGCUACUGCACCUGGAAGAGAAGACCUGCGUGGCGGACUUUGAACAACUGCGUAGGAGAGCUCUGGUGGCUGUCACAGUCACACACCCGGAGCAGGUAGCCAAGUAUCUGACCUCACAGUUCUAUGGCCUGAACUACAGCCUCCGGCAGCGCAUGGACAUCCUGGAUGUCCUUGUCCUGGCUGCUCAGGCACUGUCUCGGCCACGGAGCCUCCAGAGGCCUCCCCAGCACAGUCCCCCUGGGUCUGGCAUCUUGUGUUCACCAGCACUAGCCAUUUCUCAGCCUGGCAACGCUGUGGUCCCUGACUGGCAGGUGGUUGUGGAGGAGCGGAUCAAAAGCAAGACCCGGAGGUUCUCCAAGGGCUGUCCUCGGAGGGAGCUGUCAGGUGGCCCCAAUGAAUUCAACUCCGUGGCUGGCUGCUUCUUCUUCCCACUCCUUCAGCACUUUGACAGGCCUCUGGUGACCUUCGACCUUUUAGGAGAUGAUCAGUUGGUACUUGGAAGACUGGCCCACACCUUAGCGUCCCUGAUGUACCUGGCUGUUAACACCACAGUGGCUGUGCCUAUGGGUAAGGCCCUGCUCGAGUUCGUGUGGGCCCUUCGCUUCCAUGUUGACACUUACGUUCGCCGGGGCCUGCUGUCUGCUGUCUCCUCAGUCCUCCUCAGUGUACCCACAGAGCGGCUCUUGGGGGACCUGCCAGAUGAGCUGCUAGAAGCCAGAUCCUGGUUGGCAGAUGUGGCUGAGAAGGAUGUGGAUGCGGACUGCAGGGAGCUGGCGGUGAGGGCGCUGCUGCUUCUGGAGCGACUCAAAGAUAAGCUCCUGUCCAUUUCCUCCCCAUAGCCCCGAGGACUCCACAGGGGCCCAAAUAGACCCUCGGCUGUCCCCACAGAAGGGAAGGCCUCUGAGGAGCGGGUCCACACCUGAGCUUUACGUGGCAAUCAGGCCUCGAGGGGCCGGUUGGUCCCAGUGUGCAUAAAGUAAGCUCCUACCAGUCUGACCUACCCUGCCGUUAGUUAUGCCCUGGCAAGGCUGAGCGUUCAGCUAAAGGUACCUGAGCAUGUGCCAUGGGACUCAACAGCCUUGGACUGACCAGAAUUUGGACUGGGGGUGUGAGGGCCAAGAGGUGCCUCCUCCUGAGAGCAGAACUUUGGGCUCUGGCCAGGGUCUCAAGAGCGAAAAUAAAAAGAUUCAGCUUCUAGUGUACCCCAAUGGGGAUGCUAGAACAGAGACCAGGGGUAGCCUGCUGGGUCCCCAGGGGCUUCUUGACAGUGUUCCUGUGAGAAUAAAUAGGGCUGUAGAUGUCA